AUGAAGAAGUUUAGUAAGACCUUCGAAGAUAUACUUAAAGUGGAGAGGUCAGUGGUGAAGGAGCUCAAGAAGAAGGUUAGGCUGGUCGAGGAGCAUGCCGUCGUAAGGAAGAUCAAAGGCAUAAUCGAAGCCAUAGAAACUUCUUUGUGGGCUUUUGACCUUGGUUUCAAUGAAUGCAAGACCAUGGUGCCUCUUCAACCUGGGCAUCAUUCUAGACGUGAAGAGAUGGUUUCAUCUCUGUGCCGACCCCUCCUCCUCUCUGUCUCCCACGUUUAUCCCGCUCUUCCUAAGCAUCACUCCCUUUCCCCGUUCUGCCCUCCCUUCUUCGUCAGAUUUUCGGACCUGCCACUCCCGCGGCCCCCGAAGCUCGUCGCUGCCUCCAUGGACGCCCCUCCCGAGGGCUACCGAAGAAACGUCGGCAUCUGCCUCAUUAAUUCUUCUAAUAAGAUCUUUUCGGCUUCGAGGCUCGAUAUCCCGGGCGCAUGGCAGAUGCCUCAGGGUGGUGUGGAUCCAGGAGAAGAUCCUCGAAUUGCUGCUAUUAGAGAGCUAAGAGAAGAAACUGGGGUUACAUCAGCAGAGAUUCUUGCAGAGGUUCCUUAUUGGUUAACGUAUGAUUUCCCUCCAGAAGUAAGAGAAAAACUAAACAAACAAUGGGGAUCGGAUUGGAAAGGUCAGGCACAAAAGUGGUUUUUAUUUAGAUUUACUGGAAAAGAGGAAGAGAUAAAUCUUUCUGGUGAUGGAUCUGAAAAGCCAGAAUUUGCGGAAUGGUCAUGGAUGACACCACAGCAAGUAAUUGAACUCGCAGUGGAUUUUAAGAAACCCGUCUAUGAGGAUGUUCUGAAGUUUUUCAGCUCCCAUUUGCAGCCAGAUUCAGCUGCACAAGUAUAGAUAGUCUCUGAUUCAACUGCCUUUCUUGAGAAAACUGAGUGGACGUAGACCAGCACCUGCACAUCAAUUCAGCCAUAUCUUAGUAUAUUACAUGGCCUGCAUCGCGGAUCAUUUACUCUUUGAUGUCACUUGAUGUGGUGGUUACUUAUGGAUUAAAUUCUCCAUUUUGAAAAUUAUGUCAAACUGCUUGGUGUGGUCAAAAUUUUUCAUCAUAAACCAUUGCCUCACUAGAUAUUGAGGUGAAUAAAUUGGAUCACAUUAAUUAUGCUCUGCCAGUUGUGUCCUUUUUGUUAUAUUUUCUCUGAUAAAAUUUCUGCUGCCCUGUUUGGAUAU